UUUGGAAAUAAGAAAUUGGCGGCAAACUGCUCUGUUUACUUUUUGGCGUGAAAAUAAAUAUUCUUUGUCCGAACAAACUGUUGAUAAUAAUGGAAAUUGUUAGUCAGGCGACGUUCGAGUUUCGCCAUAGCGAUCUCUUCGAUAUUUGGCUCAGCAAUAAUCGCAAAAUAUCAUCUGUGUUAGAUAGCAUUUAUGUAAAAAUUAGCCAUUACCACGUCGAAGAUGAUAAAAAAUUAGAAAUCAAUAAAAAAACAAGUAAUUUUGAAUCAUUUAUAAAAAAAAGACUACCAAAAUGCAACUAUAUGGUCGAACGUUUUAAGUCAAAGCAUACUGAAUGGAUGUCGUCUUCAAUAUCAGUUACAAUAAAUGAAAACUGUAACACACAACAAAAACCGGGACGCCGAACUUUGUCUUAUGGAAACGCAGGACCACGAUUGAAAAGAAAACUGGCAUCUGAGCUGGCGAAUGAAAAAGAGCACAACACAACUCUUCUUAUGCAUGCUGCAGCAGUUUCUGCUAAGAAGGAUUGUAAUACAAACGUGGCCUCGGCUCUUAAAGAAAUGAUUACAACACCUGCUCAAUACCCAACAGAAUUAAGAAAGCAAGAUCAAAUCCAAAAACCGACUCCACUCACACCAAAUGAAGCCCUAGCCUACAUCCUGGAAAAUUCAUUAACCAAACAGCAAUAUGUAAAUACUAGGAUUUUGAAUAUAAAUCAUCACAGUGACAUCUAUCCGAGCUACAAUCAAGUCAUAGAAGCAAAAAUGCAGUGUCGCCCGAAGGGUAUAGAAGUUACAGAAACUACUGCUCAAGUGUCACUGCAAAACCUAUUAAAUCAUUCUGCAGAGCGAAUAAUUCAAAUGCAAAAAGAUGUUUUUAAGCAAUCUCUGGAUAGUUCUGUUGUUAAAUUAAUUUGCAGUUAUGGCUUUGAUGGGUCAACUGGACAAAGUGCAUACAAGCAGAAGUUUGAAGUAAAAACACAUGACGUUCAAGUCUCAGAUCAGUCCUUGUUUGUAACUUCUGUUAUACCAAUAAAAAUGAUUGACUCAUUUCAGCGAAAUAUCUGGGUUAACAGAACACCGCAAUCUAUUCUAUUUUGCAGGCCGCUGAAAAUUGAAUUUAUUAAAGAAACUUCUGAACAUAUACGUAUGGAAAAAAAUCAGUUGGACAAUCAAAUAGAAUUGCGCAGUUUGAAUAAGGAGAUGGGCAUAGUUAGGAUUGGAACCCUGGAGUGGAACCCGCAAGGAAGAAGAAAAGUGGGACGCCCCAAAGCUAACCUGGCGCCGAUCUACCAUACGCCCUAA